GGAUGAAACGGCCAGUCAGUUAGCUGCUAUCUGUUUGACAGUGGGUAGCUGCAUAGACUGUCAAAAGAAGGGAAGCUAGACGUCAACAAGAACCUCAGUAAAUCUUUUUUUUCUCGUAGAUAAUGGCAAAUGGGUUUAUGACAGAAUAAAUUUCAGAGCGAUUUGGAACAAAUAUCUGGAUUUCUAGUAUUUUUCACAUAGGAAGGUUGGGAGUCUAUGAGUAGGGAUGCCUGUCGAAAGUGGAAGCAGUGCAGCUUCUCGCCAGGCCAAGCAGAAGCGCAAGUCCCACAGCCUGUCCAUCCGCCGGACCAACAGCACAGAGCAGGAGCGCACAGGUUUACAGAGGGAGAUGUUGGAGGGACAGGAUUCCAAAUUGCCAUUGUCUUUGAGAAGCAAUCUUCUGGACCUGUUUGGCCAGAUUGAGAGGGAGUUUGAAAACCUCUACAUUGAAAACAUUGAGUUGCGUAGAGAGAUUGAAACACUGAACGAUCGUUUGACAGCUGAAGGACAAACCAUCGAUGGGGGAGAUUUGACAAAGGGGGCACUUAAAACAAAAGCAAGUCAUAGCACAAGUCAACUUUCACAAAAACUGAAGACCACUUAUAAGGCAUCUACAAGCAAGAUCGUUUCCAGUUUUAAAGCCACCACGUCCAGAGCCGUGUGCCAGCUGGUCAAGGAGUAUGCAGGUCACAGGGAUGGCAUAUGGGACCUGAGUGUCACCAGGACACAGCCCGUGGUGCUGGGCACAGCUUCGGCAGAUCACAGUGCCAUGCUAUGGAGCAUCGAGACUGGGAAGUGCCUCCUGAAGUAUGUGGGUCAUGCAGGAUCAGUUAACUCUAUCAAGUUCCAUCCCACGGAACAGAUGGCUCUUACAGCGUCUGGUGACCAGACAGCCCAUAUCUGGAGGUACAUGGUGCAGCUGCCCACCCCACAGCCUGUAGCCGACAUCAGUCAGCCGCCCUGUGACGACGACAUAGACUUCUCAGAUAAGGAUGAGGCUGACGGGGACGGUGAAGGCCCUAACGAGUGUCCCUCCAUCCGCAUGGCUUCCACUACCCUCAGGAGCCACCAGGGGGUUGUCAUCGCUGCAGACUGGCUGGUGGGGGGCAAGCAGGUGGUUACCGCCUCCUGGGACCGGGCUGCCAACCUGUAUGAUGUGGAGACUUCUGAGCUCGUCCACUCACUCACUGGCCACGACCAGGAGCUGACCCAUUGCUGCACCCACCCCACCCAGCGCCUGGUGGUCACCUCGUCCAGAGACACCACCUUCCGUCUAUGGGACUUCAGAGACCCCUCCAUCCACUCUGUCAACGUGUUCCAGGGACACACCGACACGGUGACAUCAGCAGUGUUCACUGUGGGGGACAAUGUGGUGUCUGGGAGUGACGAUCGCACCGUCAAGGUCUGGGACCUCAAGAACAUGAGGUCACCCAUAGCAACAAUCCGCACAGACUCUGCAGUCAAUAGGAUAAGCGUGUCGGUGAGUCAAAGAAUCAUUGCUCUUCCUCACGACAAUCGACAAGUUCGGCUGUUUGACAUGUCAGGAGUGCGGCUGGCUCGACUCCCACACAGCAACAGACAGGGCCACCGGCGCAUGGUGUGCUGCUCAGCCUGGUGUGAGGACAACUCCUCCUGUAACCUCUUCAGCUGUGGCUUCGACAGGCAGGCCAUCGGAUGGAACAUCAACAUCCCAGCUCUGCUGCAGGAGAAGUGAGCCCAGCCCAGACAGCCCUGAGCCAUCCGCCUGGCCCAUCUGCUCACUGAACCCCAUGUUAAGAACUGAUCCCUGGUCAGUUCAGUCAGAUGCCACCACCCUCAGGCAGGGAGGGGAGAAGAUCGAUCGAGGACCACUCUCUCUCUGUGUCAAGUAUUCAUGUUCUUCUCACACUCCAAAUGUGGUCACAGUCUGGUCUGCAUAGUUUGAAUAUACAUAGCGUACUACAUUACAUGUGUGAUGGUGUGUGGUGGUUUUCAAACAUGCCCAUGUAUGUACAGAAAAUGUAAAGGACUACUCUCUGCUUUGUUGUUGGGCUUAUUUUGAUCAGUUUAUUCAUGACUUUCCUUCUGAAGAUAAAUAGCACUGACAUAAAGAAGGUACGGGGGGAUUUUGUAGUCACCCUAAUUUUCAGUUCAGAAUAGGUCAGGCACCUUUUUGAUGGUGUAGCCUCGUUGAUAAUGAGCAGCAUUUCAUGGAGACUUGUGUUAGUACUGAAAUGCCACACAUCUGCUUUCGAACCCACCUUAACCGCUCAGAAGUACAGCUAGCCAAGCUACUGCAUAUCUCUGUGCCAUUUCGGCAAAGCCAUACUUUGUCAAGGUUUACUGCAUAUCUCUGUGCCAUUUCGGCAGAGCCAUACUUUGACCAUCUAUUGGUGAUCAACUGAGCACUGAAUAAGGAACAUGCAGAGCUGCUACAGUACAGUGUUCAAGUGGCUCUGUCAUGCACCUUUUAGAACCAAUAGCUGUUACAAUUUUAUUUGUUGUUAAACUGUUUUAGCCUAAAUACCAUUGCAGCUUUUGUACAGACUUGACAGAAUCCUACUCUUGAGUCCUAGACAGUAUGUUGUACCAGUGGAUUAAAUUGUGUAAACACCCCAUGUUUAGAGGUUGAGGUUGAUCGUCUUCACCAUUUUAAUAGGCACUUCAUUCAGGUUGAGGUUGAUCUUCUUCACCAUUUUAAUAGGCACUUCAUUCGUGUGUAAUAAUCAUAAAUGAGUCUUAGAAAGUAAGACGUCAUGAAAUUGCUGUAGAGUUUACAAACAAUAAUAACAUGUGAAGUGUUUCUUAGAAUUAGUCAGUAUUGAACCUGUUACAGGGAUAUAUAGGUCAGUAACUUGUUACCACGUGGUACUUCCUUGCGUAAGUAAGUGGGAUCUCUAAGAGCGUUCUAAUGCAAUAGCUGUAACAUGCUUGGUGUGCUCAGUGAUCAUGGCGUUAAUUUCUUCAUAGGAAACUAAAAGAAGAAGAGAUUAUUAUGUGUUUGAGGUAAGUGUGAUGUCAUAAAGUAGCUGUGUCUGUUUUUUAGAGAAAGAGAAUCAAUGUUUGACUUGAAAACAUUUUGAGUGUAAUUGUCUGUGAGAGUCACUUGGCAGGCAGCACAGUUGACUUGGUUACAUUCCUGCUCUUACGCAGACAAAUGUUACAAAAUUCUGCAUCUGUAUCUCAUGAGGCAAGCUAGCUUUAUUGCAAUCGUAAAUGCUUCUUUAGAGACUUAGAUAUGCUUUGUUUUGCUAACUUGUAACAACAUAUUAACUAUUGAUAUUUAUACAAGAAGUCACGUUGAACAUCUUUUAUCCCAUUAUGGAAUCGUUAUUGUGACGAAAUAAAGUGGUUCCAGGUAUAGGCCCACAGUUCUAAGUGAGCGUAACUUUCCUUCCACAAUAAAUUUCACAUCUGGGGAAAAUUAAAUGUAAUCAUCUCUAUUCAAAGGGGCCUAUUUGGCUUAAUGGUGUAUUCUUGCUGUAUAUUUUAUUAUCCUUUUAACUUUGAGGUGAUCUUUUCAUUUCCACUAGUUCUUCAUCCUGUGCAGUUAAAAUCAGUUGGAUCUCUUUGGUUUCAUUGGCUGAAGUAUUGUUUUAAUCUAUAGUGGUUUGCAUGUAGUCUUUCUCAUGUACCGUUUACAUCAGGGAUGUCUUAGGGGUUACUCCUAGCCUGGUCCCACAUCCAUUUGUGCUCUUACCAACUCCAAUGGUCAUUGUCAAGCCAAACAUGACACUACUGUAAGUGACAAGAAGUUGGCAUGAUGGCACAAACAGAUUGGCACUGAAAAUAGGCUACUGCAGAUGUGGUUGUGCAGUUCUAUGCAUGACUAAUACCACAUGAUGUAGUACUAGAGGCAUUGAUUAAGUGACUAUAGUAAUCUGUUACAUGGGUUGGUAUAAUAAGAGAUGUCUCUUGGACCGUAGCUGUCCAGGAUUGUAAUCCGUGAUUUAAGUGAAACAAAUUUCUUUGAAAUAUCAAAGAAGUAUGGCCUGUGAAUGUGAAGUCUAGCCUGGUGCCAGAUCUGUUUGUGCGCUUGCCAACUUCAUUGCUCGUUUGGCAUGACAAUGAAUGAAAAGGAGUUGGCAUGGUAGCACAAACAGACUGCCACUCAGACUACCUGACCUCCUGAGCCACCAUGCAUAGCUAGUUGACCAUGUUUAUCAUCACUUUCUUCAUGGAUUUAUUUACAUUUCAGUCUCAUGGUUUUAUCAGCUGGUCAUGUAAAUGUUCAUUUCAAUGGAGUACAGUGCUUGCUUGUUUCCCAAAUGGCACCCUAUUCCGUAUGUAAUGCGUUACAAAGGGAAUAAGGUGCAAUUUGAGACGCAUACUCUCAUUACAUCAUACAAACUUAGCAGUAGAAAUCAACAGUGUAAAAGCUUUAGUAAAACUGUGGUUACCUACCUAAUGAUAUUUUAUGUGGUAAAAUAGGUUCAUUUUAACAAGAGGAGUUCCACCAGUACACAUCUCAUAACAUGAAACAGUUUAGCUGUAUGUGUGUGCAUGCGCGCACAUGGUGGCUAUUCAUAAGGAACAGCAGCUUGUGAAAUCAAAUAAAAUGUUGUGCUGUUUCAUUCCCUCA